AGAAAUGUCGUAAAAUGGGGCAACCGUCACUUAACAAAUGUCUCACUGAACAACAUAAAUUUUGGAUUCAAUCGUGAUCAUAAGUCAAAGAAUAUCUGUACAUCCAUCUGAUAGAAUCACUACAUAUCUUUCUUUUUUUGGAGAGCCUGUAAUUAAUUGACCAAUAACAUGAAAUUAGCUUACUAAAAUUUCCUUGAUCAGAUGGUAGUCCUGCUAAAAUCUCUACUUAUAUUCUGUACAAGUGCUGACUUCCAUUUUCUUUUGAAGUCUAUCUUGAAGUUUAAAAAAAUGAUCAGUAUCACUUUGCUAAGCCAUUCGCGACAGGAUGUAAAUCUGAAACUCGGGUGGCCUUCAUGCUUUCAGAACUGAAAAAGUAGCCAUUAUUUCUUCGGUCUAGUAUACCAUGAAUAAUUAUACCAUGAAUAAUAAUUUGAUGCCUGUAACACCUAGUAGUGAUUAAUAACUCUCAGUCUGAAAUCUCCAUCUUGAGAUUGACUCUGCAAAUUGAAUCUGCAAACUGUCAUGACUGGAAAACCUGCCUCAAUUGCUGAAAUUUUGGUGUGCUUCUCCAUUCAUUUUUUUUUCUUUUGGGGGCCAUUUUGCUUGCAAAAUCAGAGAACUCUAAACUUAAGAGGUGGGGGUCCUUUGAGGCAGUGUUAGCAACUGUCUCAACAGAUGCCUGCAGAAGGUAAAUGGUUUGCCCUUACCUUCUUCCUAGGGAUGAGAUAGAGUCAAAGGCCUAAGGUCAUCCAGCUGGUUUCAUAUUUAAGGCAGAACUAGAAUUCCUGGUCUCCCGGUUUUAGCCUGUUGCCUCAGCCACUACAUCAUGUUUAUUCACACACAUACAAAUAUAUGUGUAUGUAUGUAUGUAUGUAUAUAUGUAUGUACAUAUAUAUACAGAAGAUACACAUUCAUAUAAUACAGGGGUGUCAAACUCAAUUUCAUUAAGGGACGCAUCAUGGCUGUUUUUGAACUCAAGAGGCCGAAUUUAUCUAAAAAGAGAAAUCUUCCAGGCAGCCUGAAGACAUAAAGGACCCAGGGAGCAAUAUUACUUAUGCUUAGAUAAACUGUUAUUAGAACUAAAUAUCUCCCAUAUUAAUAUUUGGAACAGUUAUUUUCAUUUCUGCAAAGUCUCUGUUAUUACUCUGUCUUACUGUGAUGUAUGGUGCAUACAUACAUAAUGCAUUUGUGUAUACCUGUGUAUGCCCAGAUACAGAUGCAGAUUUAUACCUAAAUUAUAUUAACAGUACAACAUAACCUUUGUUACGCUUUCCAUUCAGAAAUUAUUGGGGGGCGGAAUCAGGAGAAAAUUUAACACUGAACAGUUUGUUUGUUGUCCCAAGCAGCUGUCAGUCACUGAAGCAAAAGAGCAACAGGAGCUGAAAACUUUGUUGCGCUGGCACCGUCUUAUGGAUGAAGUGCAGAAUUCAGAAGGGGAUCUGCAGGUUUUAAGGCCAAACAAAGAGAAAACGGGCAAAGUGACUGAAUCUGGUUCUUCUGUAGUCAAACAUGGCCUCAAUGCCGAAAAAAUCUUCAUGCAGGUUCACUACCUAAAGGGUUAUUUCUUGCUUCAGACUUUCACCGAAAAAAUUGGAGAAGCUGCAUAUUUUGCUUUUUUAAGAAAAUAUGUGCAAACAUUCCAUGGACAACUAAUACUCUCUCAGGAAUUUCUUCAUUUAUUAUUAGAAGAGUUCCCCCAGUUAAAAGGGUAUGGUCUGACGAUUGAAAACAUUUUCCAGAAGUGGCUUGACUGCUCAGGAAUACCUAAGCCUUUGCUGGAAGAGAGCCGCGUUUGGCAAGAAGGUCGACUAGCCCAGCAAGCGAAAGAAGAGGUCGUAAAAUGGAUUCAGAUAAAUCAGAGGUUGAGAAAAGGCACUCGGAGGAAAAGGCGAAGAUCAGAAGAAGUCACUUUCCAAAAGAGCGUGACUGAUGGAACAAAGAACUGGAUGCCAAAUGUUCUGAUGUCUUCUUUUGGGGGCUGAUGGAGUUCAGAUUAAAAAAAACAACACGUUUCCUUCUGGAAAAUGUCAAAGGAAUUUUAUCAAAAGGUAAGAGAUUCUAAUACCAAUUUCACACAGGUCUCUUCCAGAUGCUGGUCCUUUUACUUACUUGUCAGUAUCUCUUGAUAAAACCCUUUACACAGGGAUGGUCUUUACUUACCUUCCCUACCCAGGAAAUGUGAGCAUGUGCGCGCUCCGCCUUCCACACAUGUGCUUUGCCCUUAAAAAGGGUGUAAAUGGGAUGUCGUAGAGACGGGGCAGUUGGGCAGGGCCUCAGGCGAACUGAUCAGAACUGGCAGGAUACCACCUCUGCCUC